AUGUCGGGCGAAUCAGUACCAACCAAGAUGCGUGCUGCCACCAUCAAGGACUUCAAAAAGGGCUACGAGAUCAAGGAUAUUGACGUACCGACCGACCUGGGACCCAAUGAUAUCCUCAUCAAAAUUGCUGCUGCUGGCUACUGUCAUACUGACUUGCAGGUGAUGGAAGGAGUAUACGAGUCGCAAGGUGCUAAGCCAGGAUUGGUUGGCUCGCACGAGCCUGCUGGAACUGUAGUCAAGACUGGCUCCGACGCCGGCAAGUCGGGCAUCAAGGUUGGCGACCGCGUUGGCUCGAUCAACACCUAUGGCUAUUGCGGCAAAUGUGACUCGUGCAAGCAAGGAAAGCAGCUCUGCGACAACAUGCCCGGCAUGCUCGGACUCACGCUUAAUGGCGGCUUCUCUCAAUACAUGAAGGCCGACGCUCGUGUGGUGUCCAAGAUACCCGACAGCAUUCCCUUCGACCAAGCUGCUCCCCUGUUCUGUGCUGGUGCAACCGUGUACGGGGCUUUGCUGGCCGUCGAGCCCCAAAAGCGACAAUGGCUAGCAAUGGUAGGUAUCGGUGGCCUUGGUCACCUUGGCGUGCAGUACGCCAAAGCAAUGGGUUGCAAUGUAAUUGCCAUCGAUAAUCGCAAAGAGGGCCUGGAGCUUACCAACAAAGCACCCGACCACCUCAAGCCCGACAAAACAUUCCUCAUUGAUUCGGAAGAGGCACAGAAGAAAUGCAUCGACGAACUGUCGAGCAGCUUCUACGAGACCAACCCCGGCGUCGACCGUGUGGUCAUCAACUGUGAGGAUCGUGGUCUCAUUAAAUUUAGUCAGCAGUUCCUCCGCAAAGGUGGUCAACUAGUCGACGUCGGUUUACCAGCUGACGGACCCUUCGAGCUCGACUCGUUUGCCAUGAACUUCAAGGAGCAGACUAUCCGAGGUCGUCUGAUUUGCACGCCCGAACAGUGCCAGGACAUGAUCAACUUGCACGCCGACAAUGGUUGCACUACCUUUAUCGAAAAAACAUACACCAUUGACCAGGCCAACGACAUGGCUGAACACUACAACUCGAAGAAGCUGCAGGGUCGCCUCUGCAUAGUUUUCUGA